CCUUAGCCUCCUGAGUGCUGGCAUUAUAAGCUUAUGCCACCAUGCUUGGCUUCCACAUAUUAUACAUACUGGUCUUGGAGUAUGUGAAUUGCCUAUUGCAAUGAACUCACAAUUUAAGUGGGGCUCUUGGCAUUUUCUUUUAAAUGCAGGCUUAUUUUUGUUGGUGGUCUUAGAGUCCUCUCCAGUCUCAUCAUGGGAUCUUCCCCCCUUUUAAAGAAGCUCUCCACAGAUUUUUUUUUCUCAUUUUGUUCAGGGUUAGCUUAUGAUUUGACCAAAACUGACUGAGACAUUGUGCAGUUCAGAAAAGAGGCAUAGACAGAAGUGGUAAAUAAAAUAAUGGGUACACACAAACCAAGUCAUAUUCUGACUUAAAUUCUGCCACAAGAUGUAGCUUGUCACUUGCCAUUCACUGAUAGGAUUUUGAUGUGAAUCUGCAAGCAACUGACUUAUUAUGGUCUCUGUGCACUCAAACCUCUCUGCUAGUGUGAUUCUGUUUGCAGCUCCUCCUCAAUGCUAGCAUCACCACCUCAGCUUCAUCUCAGAUCAUUAGACAUUCAGUUUUCAUAAGGAGCACACAACCUAGACCCCUCACAUGUUCACACUCCCAUGAGAAUUAAAUGCUGCUAUUGAUCUGAGAGGAGGUGGAACUCAGGUAGUAAUGCUAGUGAUGGGAAGCAAGUGCAAAUACAGAAGCUUCACUUGCUAGCCCCUCUAGUUUAUCUCCUGCUGUACAGCCUGCUUCCUAACAGACCACUGACUGGUACUAGUCUGUGGCCCAGGGACUGGGGACCCCUAUCAUAUGGCAUUUAGUAAGGGUGGGCCCUAGUUGCAAUGCUGAUACCUGGAUUAAUUCAUUUGUCCUUUAUACCAGCAUUCUGAAGUAGAUGCCACCAGUGUCUUCGUGAGGCCCUGAGGUGCAGCCAUGAGCAUGAGCUCUUAGACAGCUGGGACUUGGACCCAGUGUCUGGCUCCCUAGGUUGCCCCCCCCACUCUCUAUAUCCCCUGUAUAAAGACACAUAGCAAUCCACCUUCACAGGAAUCCAAUGGUGUAGGAAGAAAUGUCACCCACCUUGCAGAUGGGGAAACUGAGGCGCAGUCUCACAGAACCACAGACCCUGUCUACCCCAUCACACUGUGGACCUUGUUCUCAUCCCACAAGAGUCUCAGAUCUCCAAAGAGUCUCCAAAGUGCUUUGGCCAGGGACCCAGUGCUGUGUGUCUCUGGCCAACCCUAGGACCUUAGUCUUCCUCCCCUUCCUGAACUUUCCCUUUGGUUUAUUUCAUUUCUCCUUGUUGAUUGGUAAGAGCUCAUCAUAUAUUAUGUAAAUCGAUACUAUUUUUCCCUGCCUUGAUUUGGGUUGUUUUUAUUUUCCUUUGCUUUGUUUACUGCAAGAGUUUUUCAGAUUUACAUAGCUUAACAAGUCUACCACUUAUUUUGUAGAUUCAAGAUUUCCAGUCAUGGUUAAUAAAGCCUCUAGGCAGGGCUGGGGCUGUAGCUCAGUUGGUAGAGCACUUGGCUAGCAUGUGUGAGGGUGUGGAUUUGAUCACCAGUACUGCAAAAACAAAAGAAAAAGAAAAAAAAGGCUCUUGGUUGGAGGUGGCAGCUUCCUUUCACCUCCUUUCCCCUCCUCAGCCUGUCCCAUAGUGUGAAUAUGUUGAAGGGAGGAGCUGAUUUUUCCUUAUCAAUUCAUAAGAGUCUUUAUAUAUCAUAGCUAUUAACUCUGUUGUGCAGAGUGUGACAAAAUUUUUCCCACAUAUUUUGUCUUGCAAAGGUUUUACAAGUCUUAUACAAGCCCAGGCGUAGUGGCACACACCAGUAAUUCCAGUCCUUGGAGGCUGAGGCAGGAGGAUCAUAGUGAGUGAAAUCCUGUCUCACGCAAACAAACAAAUCUUGUCCAAGCACAGUAUGUAAGCAGCCGUGGGGGUGCAUACAAUUCCAGCAAGCUGGGAGGCUGAAGCAAGAGGACUGUAAAUUUGAGCCCAACCUGACCAACUCAGGUGCUUAACAAGAUCCCGUCUCAAAAUUUAAAAAAAGAAAGAAAAAGAAAAAAAGGAGGGGGCAGCUCAGUGCAAAGGCCUUAGUUUCAAUCCCCAGUACCAUAAAAGAAAAAAAAAUGUCCUUAACUCCCGCCAGUUGACUUCAUGACUUUCUUACAGUGUUAUGCGAAUAUGUCCUAUGUCCGCUCUGCAUCGGUCCACGCGGGCUUCUCUCCCUCGGAGUCCUUAUCUCACAGCUUCUCCCCUCCCACGGUCAGAUGUAUAAAAGCUCGCAGGGGCUCUGCUCCACAGUGUCACCAUGUUCCUGCUGUGCCCUCUGCUGUUGGCCCUGGCCCUGGUGGCUGCUGCCGGCGUCCGAGGAGCCUGCCCAGCCACUGACCUCAAAAAUGAGGAAGGGACGCGCGUGUGCGCCAAGCUCUACGACAAGAGCGACCCCUACUAAGACAACUGCUGCGCGGGCGCCGAGCUGUCCGUGGAGUCGGGCGCAGACUUGCCCUUCCUGCCCUCCGACUGCUUGCUCACCGUGUGGUCCCGCCCGGGCAAGGGCGGCAAGACGCGCAAGUUCUCAUCGGGUGCCUACCCCCGCCUGGAGGAGUACCGCCAGGGCCUCCUGGGAGACUGGUCCAACGCCAUCUCCGGGCUGUACUGCAGGUGCCUGGUGCCCCCCUCAACCCCCCAGCCCUGCCACCCAAGCCCCUGAGACUCCAACUGAGACUCCAGAGCCAGUCCUGGAGACCCCCUUGCAGAGUGCACCCUCAAACCAAGCCUCCUGUGCCACCCAAGCCCCUACCCCGCUGCCCAGCCAGACUCAGGGGCUCAGCACCCCCCCAGGCUCCACUCUGGGAGUCCCAGAACACUUCCCAGCUCCCCAUCUACAUUUCCCAGGGAGGGGUGCCUGGCUCAGAUGGGGAGCUCACCAGCUCCCUCGCCUCUGAAGCCCCAGGCCUAAAGCCAGCCCCGACCCACCCCAAAUCAUCUCAUCUGAAAGCUCCUCAACCCCACUCUGGGACUCUCAGACACUAAAACUGAUCCAAAUCCCAAGAUCUCAGGCCCAGUUCUAGGGCAUCCAGUCUAGUCUAGCCAGCAUGCUCCCCGCCCACCUCUAGAUCAGCCUUAAACCCCCAAACCAGUCCUGGGGCCUCCAGCCCCAAUCCUGGAAGCCCCAGAGCUCAGCCUGCAUUCAUGUUUCCAAACUGCCAGACCCUGGCACCCCAGAUCCAGCGGCAGUACCCUCCAUACCAGCCCCAGCUGCCCCCCUCAAGCUCCAAAAGCCCCCAGCCCCAAACUCUCCCAGAACCUGGACCAUGAACUCCUGAAUUUGAAGCUCCCCCACUCCCCACCUUGGAUCUCUGAGCCCCUGGCAUCUCCCAGUGACAAUUUCUGAUUAUGUUGCAGGUGCUACUGAUGCCUUAAGGUCCCUCCUCCGCAGUUCCCCCACCAUGCUGGGCUCCUCACCUGGCCUGUCCCCAGAGACUGCUGUGGGCCCCCUGACCUGGGAGCAGAGAGCUUUCUACCUGCCUGCCACCCUGCCUUUCCUGCAAUACAGCCCUUGUGAAGUUGUCCCCAUUGUCAUUCUCCCUGUUCUUAGAACCCAAAUCUACACAGCUCAUGGGUAGGACGUGCCGGGGAUGGGGACAGUGCCACAGGCCCUGACCUGGAGUCAAGUGUGCACAAAGACACUCGCACAAGGACCGUGUGUGGCUUGGGAGGGCAUUGCUGGGUGAAUGGUCAGCAUUGAAAUCUUGCCCACUCUUUGGUAAUAGCCUUUCCCUGAGCUAGUCUGGCCUCCCAUAGGAAGCUGGACCCUCCCGUCCGAGGCUGGGACAGCAGGGGCACAUCUAGGACUAGGACACUGUCCCAAGCUAGGGCCAGGGUCUCUUCAGUGGUUUUUGUUUUUUGCAGUACCGGCGUUCAAACUCAGGACCUUGCAUUUGCCAGGCAGGUGAAGUCCCUGCCCCCUCCCUCCUUUUUUUAAACUGAGGUUUAAAGCUAGGGCCUUUGUGCCAACCUAAAUUCCUGGCCUUUUAAAAUUUUUAUUUUGAGACAGGGUCUCUCUAAAUUGCCCAGGUUAGGCUCAAAUUUGUGAUCCUCCUG